AUGGCAGAGCCACGGAAAGGUGGCAAGCGCGCGCGCGAUUCAGACGACGAGUGGGAGGACGUAGAGCAACCAACAGCCCCAGCAGCGUCCAAAGCCAAGCCCAAGAAGAAGUCAAAGCCCAGCAAAGAUGCGGGUCAGGCUUCAACAUCGAAAGCUUCUGCUCGGAAACCUGCCCAGAAGGCCACCAAACCUCGACGGAAAGCAGCCGACAGUCCCUCUGGCAGCGAUUCCAGCGAUUCCAGCGAUACAGAUGACGAGGAUACACCGGAUGAGGCUGAAUUAGACCCAUCAAGCAUGAAUCUUCCUUCUACCUUUCGACCAGCUGAGAAGGCGCCUGUCCAGCGAAAGCUGGACAACUUCACACCACCUACGCUGAAUCCAAAGUUGGCCAAAGGACCUGGCUUACGGGUCCAGCCUCGCCGUGAAGAUCGCCAAUUUCCUCAGCUCCUGCUGCCCAAAGAAGAUCCAGCAAGUCUACCUUCACAGCUGCCUGCCGGUACCGCAACGGGGUCAGCGCCCAGCAGAACCACCGAUGCGGCCCGAAAGCUGUUCCAAUGCCAUAUCACACCGCGGAAACGUGGAUACGUAGACCUAUUCAACGCCGCUGUGCAAAAACUCAAUCCGCAAGGCUCUCUACUCACACGUCGACUAUCGUUUCUCACGCUACUCAACAAGAGCCAAAUCCACGCUCGCGACAAGCGCUCUCCGAAGAACGAAGGCAACAGAGGGGAAGCGACUCAUAAACACAUGAAUUAUGAUCAGCCUCCGCUCUCCGACCUGUCCAGUAUGAUGGAUCAUAUGGCGCAGCGUCUACUCAAUGGGGAUAAGCUCAGCCAAAGCUUCCUUAACGGUGCGACCAUGUACAACGACUUCGGCCUGCGCAUUUUCACUAUGUGCUCUGGCACUGAGGCACCCAUACUGGCCUUGGACAUGAUUCAAGAAGCCUUGCAGCGACGAGGAAUGUCUUUCAACUACAAGCAUGUUGCCAGCGCCGAGAUUGAGCCAUACAAGCAGGGCUACAUUGAGCUCAACUUUGACCCACCGCUGCUUUUCCGCGACGUCACAGACUUCACCAAAGACGAUGGUGUAGCAAAUACAGCAUAUGGUGCCCAAGUUGCAGUCCCUAACAACUGCCACAUUGUUGUCGCUGGAUCCGCAUGCGUUGACUACUCCAACCUCAACAAGAAUGGAAAGGGCUUUGGUCAGCAAGGCGAGUCUUGGUCAACGAUGUGGGGGGUUGCGCACUAUUGUCUCAAGAAUCGGGUCCCAAUCGUCAUCCUGGAGAACAUCAAAGGCGCACCAUGGAAGAAGAUCUGCAAGUUCUGGCACGACUACUGUGGCUACGAAGUCCAGGCGAUAUUCGUAGAUACUAAAGACUUCUACCUGCCGCAGACUCGUACGAGAGGCUACAUGGUCGCUAUUAAUCGUUCACGAGCAGAGGAAGCUGGUAUUGACAUCGUAACAGCCCUCAAAGACUUCGUAGAGAACGUACAGGCCCUCCAAUACCGUGCUUCUAGCCCUUACACCGACAUCAUCUAUGGCAACGACUCCAUCGAGAGCGAGCGCAGCCGCGCAAUGAUGGCUACAAUCCCAUCGAAAGUCCCCAUGAGCCAGGCUUGGACGCUGUGUGCUCAUCGCUAUGCCCACUUGCGGAGCACAUCUUGUUUCGGCAGUCUCCGACCAUACACAAAUUGGAAUGAAAAUGGACUGUCAACCUUGCAUGAGCUGAUUCACCACGAAUGGGGCAAGAAGCAACGUGAUCGAGUCCUCGAUACUCUCGACAUUGCCUUCCUCAGAUACAUGCUCGAACGAGACUUCGACAUGACGUACAAAUCGCGUACGAUCGACCUGUCCCAGAACAUCGAUCGAGAGGCCGAUUCCAAACAUCAUGGUAUCGUUGGUUGCCUGACUGCUGCUGGAAUGCUGUACGAUACUGCUCAAGGUGGCGUCAUCAAUGGCGUGGAAGCUCUCAAAUUGCAGGGUAUUUCGACUGAUGAUUUGCACCUUGGGAAUCUGAGCAUGCGACAAAUGAUCGACCUAGCUGGCAACGCAAUGACUACGACCACUGUUGGUGCAAUCACCCUUGCUGCCAUUGCUGCAUGCACCCAGGGGACCAAGACACUUUUUGCAAAGCCUAAGCAUAGGAGCCUGUUCAAUAAAGCACCCGUCAUUGAGCCAACCACGCCUCUGCAAUACGACGAGGUCAUCAAGUCGUGGCAGACUGCUGGACUUCUGAACGACACUAUCGCCAUUGGAGGGUCGUUUUCGGAAAAUGACGCAGCCGAAUUCUUCACGGCGCUGUGCAAGCAGGCUUAUCUCACUCGACAGCUCUGCGCGUGUGAAGGCGUUACAGGCGGCACCAGCCUGGGCAAGAACGUCAACUUCUUCUCUUGCGACCAGUGUGGUCAUACGGCUUGCGAGAACUGUCGCGGGAACCCCGUUCACAGCUACGUGGGUAACCCGGUUGUCACCAGCGAUCGUCGGCCGAACGCCUUCAUUUCACGGAUGGAGACAGGGCUGCCGAGGUCCAUAUCCUUCAUCACGUUCCCGGAGAGUGUCUUGGACCUAGUCAAGAAGGCUUCCAUCUCUCCUCCAGACUCGGCUCGCACUGGACUGGUGGACUCAGUGCAGUGGGGAAACGGAAGUUGGGCACAACAUCUUCAGACUGUUGAGGACAGAUCCGGGAAAGAUGUGAUACGAGUGAAGAAGCCGCGUGUUCCCGAGGAAGCCCUACAAAACGCACUACGUGCUUGUAUCACAGGCGCCUUCCGUGCACCCUUCCAUUUCCGCCAGAUCAAGCGAGGCCCUGCUUGGAAGGUUGAAUUCGAGUCAGUUGCUGGUAAGCUGGAGUUGCGCUUCUCGGAUGCGGAAAAUACUUCGGUCUGUCAGUGGUUUCUCUAUGCGAAGUGUCCGUCCAACGAACCUCUUGGCGGUAGACUGCGUGAACACCUUCGCCAUCCUGUCGCAAAGAUGCGCCCACAGAAGACUCUCUUCGAUGGCGAUUGGCAGCUGUGUCUGCCGCAGCAUAACAAAUUUGUUGCUACUGUCAAGGGCUCCAAUCCACAGCCAGCCAUUCAGUCUGUAAUAGGUCUGAAUGCUGAUGGAUACAAAGAGAUCACCGUAUUUGACGAUUUGGAGGUCUCGUUUACCUUUGCAGGCACGGCAGGUGAUCGCAUGCCAGUCUUUGGCAUGAAGAAGUACAAUUUCAAGUACCUUCCCAAGUGUGGAACAGCACACAGUCUACUGUACAAAGCCGGUGAUACUGAUCCAGUCUAUCUGUUCCUCGACCCAUGGCAUCUGCAGGAUCAGAAAUUCGACAGCAUGGUCAUGGCGAAAGAUCACUCCCGACUGCCAAUCAACGACGAGCGAUCGGUUAUCAUCAAGUUUGCAUCGGGCUGGCGACCGGUAGUUCCACAGUUUCAGGACUCGCAGCACUGGGAAGUCGCGUGUGGUCCCAUGGAGAAUGGCCCACAGCUCGUUGAUGCGGUCCUUGGAGCUGAUGCGAACGACAGUAAGGUCAGCAUAUGGUAUUCGCAAGGUACAGACUAUCCGCUGUACCACCCGUUGUGCGAGGACGCGUCAAAGCCACUCUUUGCUCUGGAGACGGCGACAUCCUGGGAGAUCAUGGAGUCAUUCGGGAAUCAUGCUGGUGCCCUGGCAGACCAGAGUCUCGUCAUCGAUCUGCAAGAUCGACGAGGCAAGUUGACUUCUCUAGCCUGGCUCCUGCACGCUCUCCCAAUCCCGGAUCUAGUUGAAGGCCAGUCGGAUAAGGCUGCCCAGAAUCCCUGCGCACAAUGCUCGCCCGAGGGUGCGAGGAUUGAUUGGAAAUGGGCUAGGCGCUCUCGGAUGAAAGGCUAUGCACUGAUGCCGUUCGAGGGUAACACGGACGCUGCUGAGCGCCAGAGGAAGCUGAAGAAUCGCCCGCUCCUAUCAGAACUGCACCUUAACGCUAUUGGAGGCAAAGUCCAGAUGACCUUCCAUUUUAACAUCAAAUCCCUGGUUGAUCGCACAGCUGGUCCUCUGCAGAGAAGCGGCCCUCGUGGAGCCCCAGUAACAACCUCUUGGAAGAUCAUGAAGUACGACAUCAAUGCUACCGCACCUAGCUACAAAGUACCCGAGCUGAUGCCGCUGACUGAAGCGGAUGGGUCUAGCUCACCGCCGGUUUGCUUUCAGCGUAGGCUACUGGGCUCUCAGAAAUUGUCGCUUCACUGGAUGAGAGAAGUUGAAAAGGGCCAGGUUGAGUGGCACGAACAGAACACCUACGCUCAUACUAUCAAAGCAUUAGCUUGCAAAGUCGUUGCUACAGCCUCUCGCAAGACUGCAGUCAAAGGUGGCGUCAUCGCUGACGGCAUCGGCACAGGCAAGACGACGGUAGCCCUUGCUAUCGUAGGCGAUGAUAUCGAUCGUCGUUCGAAGCCGGUGCCUCAUGAAGGUCGACGCGGUUUGAGAGCAACGGUUAUUCUCAUGCCCAAGAACUUGAUUGAGCAGUGGUAUGGGCAAGCAGUUCUCUGUUUUGAGCAGGUCCGAGAUGCUUGGCCUGGCAAGUACACGAAGCCAGCAGAUCCCAAGGACAUCUUUGUGCUGAAGAUAUCCUCCAUGGAAGAAUUGGUCGAGCUCACCAUCGAAGACAUCGACCGUGCACAUAUCCUGUUGGUGAACUACGGUAUCUUUGACACAGCAGAAUACUGGGAAGCGCUCAAAUCACUUUGCGGCAUGCCGUACGUGCCAGACGCUAGCGGCCGAGCUACGAUGCAGUGGCUCAACAAAGCCAUGGAAAACAUCAAAAAGCUGUGCGAGGACACUUCAUCCUUUGACGACCUCGACAAGCUCAACGACGCGCGAGACGAUCUCUGGGCGAACCGAGACCAGGUACGCGCGCAGUUUGGAGGCUGGAACUCCAAAAAAGACAUGAAGAAGAUCGACUUCCAUGGCACCGGAAAGGCCGAAAAAAUCAUGUCGGUGUACCCCGAGGCACAAGAGACGAUAGCACGCCCGGAUGAGAAACUUCCAAAGCUUCCGUUGACUGGAACCGUGAGAGUAGUUGCCAGACCCGCCAAGCCCAAGAGAUCGCACAAGGAUCCAAGUUUCUAUGAAGAAAACGAAGAUAGGAAGGAGAAAGGACUUCCCAUAAUAAGAGCUGCUGCGAGGAGGCAGGUAAAACUCGAAGCUGCUCAGGGGAAACCCGUCAGACCCAAGAAGGCCAAGUCCGCGAUCACUAUAGUGCCUCUCUUACACCUAUUCGCCUUCCGCCGACUCAUUAUUGACGAGUUUCAAUACCUCAAUCCUCGCAUGGCUGCAGCAGCAAUGGCUCUGGCUCCGGAGUCGAGAUGGCUUUUGUCCGGCACGCCGCCUAUCAGUCUUGUCAACGACGUCGAUCAGAUUGCUCGAUUGAUCGGCACGAGUAUCACAUGCAGUUCCGACGAAGCUGUCAUCAGAGGCUUCUUCGACAAGGCGCAGGAGAGGAAGGUGUCGGAGACGUCUUACGUUGAGGAAUUCGAGGAGUACAGCAAUCCAACCUCGAUCGACACAGUCAGUCUCCAUCAGCAACAGGCUACACAAUUCCUGUCCAAAUUCGUCCGCAGAAACUACGAGAACCAGGAGAAACAUGUUGAAGCAGAGAUCCUCAUUUCUGUCAAGCCAAAUCCACUCGAGCUGGCCGUUUACCAUCUGUUCUUCAAUGUCAUUAACUACACGACGAUCAGAUUUAGUCCGAAACUCAAACCGAUCACCUGGCGAGCGGCACGAGCACUGGCAUACAAGCAACGUACAGAUCUGGCACACGCUGACGUUCAGUUCCCCAGCUCCUCCAAAGCAGCGAUUGAGGUUGCACAGCGUUGCUCUUCUCAGGAAAUGGCUUUGAUCUGCUGCCACGAGCUAGCUAUGUACGGAUCAGACUUCGAGAACGAGCUCGUCACAAUUGAGAAGCUUAGACUUAUGCUGCACAACGAGGUCCAGGGCGAGACCACAUAUCUGCUUCAAAUGGCCCGCGAAGCCGUGUGGUACUGGUUGGAGGUUGGAACCGCACAGCGAGCCAAGGAAAAUGACGAUCUGGCUUCUUGGAGUGAUUCCGUGCUACAAACCGGCCUGCUGGGGGACAGAGACGUCACUUUGCUCGUGGACGACGUACUGGGAUACGCUGACUUGAGACCCUCCGAGCCUCCCGGAGAAGGCGUAGAGAACGUGCUGAAGAAUAGGGAGCACCUCGAUGAAGUCAACGACGAUGGCGAGCUUUCCUACCCAAAAUUCACCCAAUUCGACUCAAAGGACUCCGAUGUUCGGAACAAGGAGCUCACCCGCCGCACAUCAGACCUCCGGGAGUCCUCUACGCGUCUCGUCGCGUCUGUCCGCAUGCACCGCUUCGUCCAGUCGGUCCACAUGGUUUCCGUGUCUCUUCCCGUCCUCUGCGACUCCUGUGGCGCCCUGCACACCUACAAGACGUACUCCAGCGUCCGUAUAGUCUCACAAUGCGGCCACAUCUUGUGCACAGAGUGCUGCAACGACGAUUCUGGUUCCCUCCUCGGCUCCUGUUCCGCUCCCGACUGCGCCAUGCCUCUCUCGCGCGACAACGUCUUGAAGGCCUCCUCGUUCUUUGCGCCUCCUUCCUCCCGCGCCCAGCAAGUCUGCGGCUCGCGUGGCGUCGCGAUCGCCAACCUCAUCGGCGGGAUUGUUGGGAAACAGAACCGCGAUCCUACAGAUUGCGUUCUCGUGUUCCUGCAGUACUAUCCGCAGGUGCAAGAGCUCACUCGCGCUCUCGAGGUCCAUGGCAUCCGGUACCAGAACGGGUGUAUACGCCCCGGUGGUGGCGCCACGGCGCAGGAUGCUGCUCGGGAGGCCAUCACGAAGUUUAAACGCGUCAAUAUGGCGUACAACUUCCGCCAGGUGGACUCCCGUUCCCGCGACCCUGGUCUUCCGCGCCCGUUCUACACCGACAAGACCGCCGAGGACGCUGUCGCUGCCACUGCCAAUCGUCCUCGCGUUCUGCUGCUGAUGCUGGACAGCGAGGACGCUGCGGGUUGGAAUCUGCAGGUAUGCAGCCACGUUGUGUUUCCGGCGCCAUACGUGCAGCGCGACGCGUUUCGGCGCAAAGCGGUGGUGGAGCAGGCGGUGGGUCGGGCGUUUCGGUUUGGGCAGACGAAGCCCGUGCGGGUGUAUAGGGUGGUGAUGGAGGGGACGAACGAG